UCUGUUGCUCAACAAUUGUGUGGUUGCACAUCUGGUUUUUCCUGGAGGAGAACUUGGGGAAGAGGUGGAAGGCUGCUUUAGACUCGAUUUGCCCCCACAAGCUUUGGAAAGGACAGUGAACGUUAUUUUCUGCAGAGGUAUUAUCUUCUUGUUAGACGAGACGGGAUGGAUACACAUAUUUGGUGCUACCGAUGGUGCCUAUUUGGCCCACAUCAGUGUCGCUCUCUAUCAGUCACGAGGGCAAGCAGAGGGAGACCAGGACAUGCCAUUUCCUCUUGUGCGGCUUAAUAUAUCACAUGAUCUCAGCGUGGCUGUGGUUGUCAGCCGCUCCAAUUGUGUGGCUGCUGUUGACCUCAACUUGUACUUCAGAGAAUAUCCUGACCAUUUAUUUUGCAAGCAAAGCUUUGAGAAUCUUCCUACGCAACAGUUGGAGGGGGUGAACGAAGAUGGUCUCAGUAGUUCAAGUUACAGCAUGAAGUUCUUGCAACCUUCAUUUCAGACUGACAGCUCCAGGGGGAAAGAUCAUAAAAGCACUGAAGAGAGGCGAUGGAAGACUAUACACUUAGGUGACCCAGAGGAGCGUGGGAAUCUGGACUGUAAACACGUGGCCGGUUUCCAGGUGCUCUUCACUGCCUCAAGUGAGAGUGGAGGACUGACUCUUGUCCUGUGGGAUUUGGUGACGCAGGACAUCACCCAGUCUUGUGCGGGGAAGAACUCCUUUUUUGUGGAAUAUACCAGGGAGGAACCACUAUGGCUUGUCCUUUCAGAGACCGGCCUCUUCUUGUUCCUGUUUGGCUUUACCCAAGAGGAAUUCCUAAACAGGCUGAUCAUCUACGGAAGCGCUAGCACUGUAGAUUCCCUCUGCCGCCUCAAUAGGUGGGGAAGGUGUUCGAUUCCUGUACAUGCCUUAGAGGCUGGCUUAGAGAACCGACAGUUGGACACCGUGGAUUUUUUCCUAAAGAAUAAAGAGAACCUUUUCAGUCUGUCUGCGGCAAGCUCUGUACAAGAUCAGCCUGCAAAUACUAUGUCAGAUUUUUACUUGAAGAGUGUUGAAGAACUGAGGCCAGCACUGGAUUUACUUUGUAAGGCAAUUCAAGAAAAUGAUGUGGAAACCCAGAGCAAGCAUUUCUCUGAGCAGCUGUUGAACCUCACCUUAUCUUUUCUUAACAAACAACUCCGGGAGAUUUUUACGCACAGAGAAGGUAGAGUUGAAUUGGAUGAAAAUAUGCUCCAGUGUGUUGACAUUUUCACCAGCUACAUCAUUAAACUCAGGACAUUUAUGAUCAGGUUUCCUCAUAAGCCAUCCGGUGUCAUAAGCCGGCCCUGGGAUUCCAAAGAUGACCUACCCCAAAUGGAGCAAAGCCACUGGGAAAAAUUUGAUACAGAGCAAGCUGUCACUGAAGCCCUUCUAAGCAACAGAGUGCCAGAGGCACAAGUCUUUUUCCGUCUGACUCACAACCCUGCCCAGGAUCUUGGGCAGCUAACCCGGAUAGGUCUGGAGAUGGCCUACAAAAGCCUCCUGAAGAAAGACAUAAAUGAAGCUUCCAAACUUUUAAGGAACAUGGGCCUCAAUGUGAAGCAGCAACUGCACAAAAUUUGUUUCUACACAACAGAUUACCAUGUCCGGGACUUUUUGGUGCUCGUGCUACAAGGUGAAGGUGCUCUUCCUGAAACAGAGAAGGAGAUGAUAGACUUUGUGUAUGAGGUAGAAAAUAUUUAUUCAGGCACCUUCCAAAGAAAGGAAAAGAGUGCAGCCUGCUGCAGAUCUUGGAGAAAAGAACCAGACUCUGUCGAUGUUGCUUCUUUGGAUUCUUUUCUGACUUGCACCCAAGACAGAAUUCAUAACCGGGAACACAGGGUGAUGCUAAACUGGGCUGAGUGGUGGAAUCCAUCUAUACGGGAAAGGGUCCUUCUUCCCGUGAGAACUCAGGAAGGGGAGUUUAGGUUCCAUAAUCCUGAGGCCCUCUGGAUGUAUUUGUCCUCUUGGCACGAUUGGGUAAAUAUCAGUUCGUGGAUUUCCGACUCUCAGCCCAAAGGCGACCCUGCAAACUGGCCCCCGCUCCCUUUAGAAGCCGUCGGACAAAAGGCAUUAUGCAGCCCUUCCUUGCGCAAUGAAGUCCUGGACAUCCUAGCUAGAAAUGGGACUUUUGUGCCUGCAGAACUGGAAGACUUCGAAGGCCUUCUGCAACGGACGGCCUGUGCCGGGGGGGUGAUGCAGCAGCCCCAUCCUCUCCCAGGCUACGUCUCGGCAGGCGGCUUCGAUUUCCACACCUGCUUUAUCCUUUAUUGCUUGGAACGGGGCCUGGACCACCUUCUCUACUCCUACGUGGAUUACUAUCGUUUAUUUUCAUCAGACUGUCCCAUUUUGAACGAUAAAGAUCUCCGUGAAGCACAUCCUUGGUUUGAAUUUUUAGUGCAGUGUUGGGACAUUGCCAACAAUCCUGGAGAUGCAGAGAAGAUUUUCCAGGCUAGCCUAGCCAAUGCCCAGAUCUUGAUUCCCAGCAACCAGGCCAGUGUGAGCACCAUGCUGCUGGAGGGACGAACCCUUCUUGCCCUGGCUACGACCAUGUUCGCCAGGGGAGGGAUUGACCAGAUUGUCCAGAAGGGAGACGGGAGAGAGAAGGUGGAUGCGCAGCUCUUCAGGAUGGCACUUGCUCCUUACCCCAAGCUUAGAGCUGCCCUCUUCUCUCAGGUCACUCCGCAUGGAGUCUCACCUUCCGACCUUUCUCUCUAUCACCUUGUUCAGUGCUUGGCUCCAUUUGAUUCCACCAAGUUGUUUGGCUGGCAGUCAGCAAAUACGCUGGCCAUUCCUGAUAUUUGCAAUGACCUGCCUCACUUCUCGUGCUCGGCUCUCGUAAACAAGCACGCCAUAGUUGAGCACCUUGACUUCUCCUACUACUUAUCUCACAAGCGCCCUUCGUUCGCCUUCGGAGCGUUUUUAGCUCAGCAGCUAUCGAAGAGUCCUCUCCCCAAGGAGCUGGUCCAGCAAGCGGCUAGCCAGGCCUACGCGGUGGCUCUCUCGGUUUUCUACGCCCCUUCUCUCGCUGCAACCUCCGUCUGCUUCUUGGAAAUGCUGGGCGUGCAGAGUCUGAAACUCCGAGUGGACGUUAAAGCUGCCAACGUGAUUCUGAGCUUCAUGUCCGGGAAAGAGGAGCCCCAGCACCUCUCCAUCCGACAGUCCCUGGUUGAAAAGCUAGGAGAACUGGCGGACGGAGAGAAAGCUGCAGCCGAGGAUCUUCUGGUCUGCUUAGAGGAAGCCGUCUGGGAUAAGGUUGACCACCAGGAGAUAAAAAAGACGUCAAGCGAGGCGAGGAGCCACUGGUCCCUGGUCAUCCAGUUUUGCCAGCUCCACCGCAUCAAGCUGAGCACAUCCUACCUGAGGGCCUGUGCGCGGUCGAACGAAUGGCUGCAGUUUGUGACGGAAGCGCAAAUGCACGGCUACCAGCCAGCGGAGGUGAUCCCGCUCCUCCGGGAUUUCCCCCUGCCCCUGCGGGACCACUUGGAGCUGGCCCUGGGGCACUUGCAGCCUCCGAGGCAGCGGGCCUUGCAGGGGCCGGACCAGAACCCGCAGAGCCUCUUCCGCGUCCUGCUCCAGAGCCAGGAGCAGCCGUGCCCUUGGCGGCACCUCCUGGCUGCCUCGGUGAAGCACCACACGCCCGUUCUGAGCGUCCUCGCCGCUUGCUUCCAGGAUGCCAGCCUCCUCCCUUGUCUCUGCGUGUGGAUCAUAACUUCCCUGGACAGUUCGGCCGCCCGUGAGGUGAUGGGGCACCUCGAAGGCAUGGCUGAAACCCACGAGUGGGACCUUCCAGCCUUGGCCCUUCUCUGGCAGUGGCUGUUGCAGAAGCAGAAGGCCAGCACUCUCCUUCAUGGCUUCCAGCUCUUCCUGGAGGAUUCUCCUUUGCUGAUCCUGCUGGAAGUGUAUGAAUUGUGCAUGGACUACAAAAAUUACAGCCAAGCCAAGAUCAAACUGCUCACAUUCCAAGAGAGUCUUUCAAAACUUGAAGCUCCGUGUGCGAGGUGGCCGCCCGUCCUCCCGGGGCCCUGGCUGGAGACUCAGGCUUCCUUCCUUCUCAACCUGAUGCUGCACCAGUGCAGAACAGAGUACGAAUUCGGAAAACUUCUCGAGCUGCUUGCAGAUGCAGGAGCUGCUCUUCUCCAUGGACCAGAUCUGAAGAAGCUCAGUGCCCUCCGCACCAUCCUGAAAGAUUCGCCCGUCUCCAUCAGCCGGACUCUGCUGAGCGACUACAGCCUGGAGCGGUUUCAGGCGGAGUGCCAGAGGAUCCUGGACCGGCUGCAGGAGAGCAGCUCCUUUGCUGUGGCUCGCCGGGUCGCAGAGCUGGCCGCGCUGCCUGUAGACAAUGUGGUCAUCCAGGAGGCGCUCCAGAACCUCCUCCUCCUGAAACAGGCUGGCCACUGGACUCAAAAAGAGACCCGAGUUGAGUUCUGGAAAAAGUGUCACGAGAACUACGUGCAGAAUGCCGUCUCGAAUCGAGCUGCCUCCGGCUUCUUCUCCGCUCAGGCAGAAUUGGUCCGGGAGGAUGAGGGGGCACCCAGCAGCAUCUUGGAGAGGCAGCUCCUGCUUACUUUGGCUGGACACUGGCUGGUCAGGAGCGACCCGGCGGUCCCUGUUGAUGAUCUGGAAAAGAUCGAGAGGGAGGUUUGGCGUUGCCGCAUCGCGCGACAGACUUUCGGCCGAGGCCCAGGGCAGGUCGAGCGCAGAGGGUCUCACCAGGUUUCCAGCAGUCGUGAGCUGACCUUUGAGUCCCUGGCCAAGGCCUUCUGCUUCUCUAAGGCGGCUGCUUUAAGCCUCCCCAAGUACCUGGAGCUGAGAGGUUUCCCUUCCCAGGACGCAGCCCCGGGGACGCUUUCCGAGGCGGAAGUGGCCUCCCUGAGUUUGCUGAUUGGACGCCUUCUGGACGAAGGGAGCCUGCACGAAGCGGCCCGGGUUUGCCGCUACUUCGGCUUCUACAGCCGAGAUGUCGCGCUGAUCUUGCACUGCAGAAUGCUGGCCCUGGGGGAGGAUGCCCAGGGCUGCUUUCACCCAGAGAUCCAGGCCCUCCUGGCAGCUGAGAACAGCCAGAGGCACAGAGAGGCGGGCCCCGAAAAGAAGCGGCUGAAGAGUUCCACAAGCCUCGAUUCCUGGUCCUCCGUGGGGAGCUCCUCCCCAGAUGACGGCGUUGCCGGCAGCCUUCAGGCUUUAGUUGCAGAGUGUGUGCAUGGUCGGAAUUACUGUCGACAGACCCUCUGCCUUUACGAACUCUCCAAAGAGCUGGGCUGCUCCUUCAGUGAGAUCGCCGUCCAUGAUUCGGAGAAGCUGCUCCGGACGAUCCUGUCCUCACAGCAGCCAGAGGGGUACAAGAGGGCCCAGGCCUUCAUCACCAACCAGGGCCUGGAGCCGGAGGCCGUGGCUGAGCUGGUGGCCGAGGAAAUCACACGCCAGCUGCUGGCUCCUUCGGAAGGAAGACCCAAGCAGAGCCCAGCCCUGAAUCCUGCAGAGGAGAGCCAGAGGUUCCUGCAACUGGCCAAGCUAUGCCAGGACCACACGCUUGUUGGCAUGAGGCUGCUGGACAAGGUUUCCUCCGUGCCACACGGGGAGCUUGCCUGUACGGUGGAGCUCCUGGUUCUGGCCCACAACUGCUUCAGCUUGACGUGCCACAUGGAGGGCAUCACUCGCGUCCUCCAAGCUGCCCGGCGGCUGACGGAUGAACACUUGGCGCCCAAGGAGGAGUACGGCCUUGUGGUUCGCCUCCUCACCGGGAUUGGCAGGUACAACGAGAUGACCUACAUCUUUGACCUGCUGCACGAAAAGCACUACUUUGAGGUGCUGAUGAGGAAGAAGCUUGACCCGAACGGGACCCUCAAGACCGCCCUGCUAGACUACAUCAAGCGCUGCCGGCCAGGAGACAGCGAGAAGCACAACAUGAUCGCCCUCUGCUUCAGCAUGUGCCGCGAGAUCGGGGAGAACCACGAGGCUGCCGCCAGGGUCCAGCUGAAGCUCAUUGAAUCCCAGCCGUGGGAGGGGAGCCUCCAGGACUUGCCCAGCUUGAAGAAGCUCCUGAUGAAGGCCCUCACCCUCUUCCUAGACGCUGCCGAGAGCUACUCCAAGGACUUCUGCGUGUGCCAGUCCUUGCGCUGCAAGAGGUUGACCAGGCUCAUCACCCUGCAGCUCCACUUCCUGACCACUCCGCACAAAACCAAGCUGAUUAACCUGAGUCGGAAGAGCUUGCCGGCCUGCAUCCUGGCACUGCCCAGGUUCUACCAGGCAGCCGUGGUGGCCGAGGCCUAUGACUUCACGCCAGACUGGUCAGAGGUGCUCUAUCAGCAGGUGGUCCUGAAGGGCGACUUCAACUACCUGGAGGAGUACAAGCAGCACGGGCUGCUGAGGACUAGCACCUUCGAAGAGAUUGCCCACAAGUUCAAGCAGAACGCAGCCAGCGAGUCUGUGGUCAGAAACCUGAAGAAGCUCCUGACUUACUGCGAGGACAUUUAUAUCUACUACAAGCUCGCCUACGACAACCAGUUCUACGAUGUGGUGAACGUGCUCUUGAACGACGCCCAAACAGGCUGCUGUCUCAACGAUUUGCUGGCCAAUUAGCUCAUCCCGGCUGGGCAAAGCAGAACUGCCAACAAACUAGACAAACCAGGGGGGUGGGGGUGGGGAAACCACCCCGUAUUUUCAGUCAUGAAGAUGAAAAAAGAAAAAAUGCUGGUUUUCGAAUGCCGCGAUCUGCACAAAAUACAGGAUUAUUAACCUGGGACUUGGUGUCAAAUAUAGUCAGACAGGAAGGCCUCUGCCAUUGGAUUAAAAGAACUUCACGUUGAAGACCAACUUCCUUGGCCGAAGCUUGAGAGAGAGUUUUGAAUUAGCUCGUGGCCAGAGAGCAAAAUAUAUCUGAAUUCGA